AUGCGGUCUGGCUUGGAUACACCUGGCGCUCUCCCACUCCUGAUCCUUGUUGCGUUUUCGCUUCUCACCUUGGUGCCAUCACUGCCGAAUCUCUACCACUCGAAGUUCGCGGACUUCAGCUUCUACACUGGUGCAGUUCGUCAGGUCCCUCUCCUUCGAAACAGUGUCACCGAAUUAGCACCCAAAGUACUCCCGCUCAAGGAGCCUCGAAAAUUAUGGAUUCUUACAUCGUCACAUCGAUCGCGAGGAAAUCGCGCACCGCUGACCGCGCUGGUGGGAAAUGCCGCCGUCCCCGCCAGUGAAACAAACGCCAUCGCAAACAAAAGUCGACAUUCAUCGUUAAUCCGCGAAUCCUCAUUUUCAUUCAGUCGCAGAGCUCGUGCAUUUAGAACCUACUUCAUUCAGCAAUUAGACGACUACUCAUUCCUCACGUCACUCUCCAAUUGGACCUUACCUGCAAACUCGACGCAUCCCAAUCCUACCAUCGCCACGAACAAAUCGAUCCCAAUCCCCGACGACCAAUAUCCUUCAAGCAUCUCGUCAUGUAAUAAUUCAUCCAAUGGCAGUCAAGGAAAGAUACAACGCUUUCCUGCCCGCUUUCCUGCCUUCCUCCGCGACCAGUGUCAGCAGGCCUGCCACGUCGCCAUUGAUUUUGGAAAACGCAUCGGACUCCAUGGAGCAAGUUGUGCGAAAUCGAUCUCCCUCCCAGAGUGGAUCACUGGGGCUCCCCCAUUAUUAAUACCCAACCCCACAUUUCCCAACGCCGUCUCAGAUCAAGACCCAUUCCCCCCAUCCGAGCAAGCACCACCCCAACAAAAAGUUGGGGCUGAGGAUUCCACCGACACUGCCGCUGGUCGGCACUCGCAGGAUCCCCAUGGAAGCUUCAUGGCCAUUGUGAUUGGUCUUGUUGCAGGCAUCAUGUGGUUCUAG